CCCACUAUUUACAACACGUGGGGAUAAACAUGGCUGCUGUGACUACAAAACGGAAAAUUUCUCCUGUUGAAGACAUUGAUAUAAAUAAUGGAGUGAAUCUAUUUGUGGAUGAACCUCCAGAUUCUGAAGAUGAUGAUGACACAACUGACUCAGACUCUAGUGAAUAUUCUGGUUUAGAAGAUGAACCAGACACUGAGGAUGAAGGAGAUGAUGAAGAAGAGGAUGAUGAAGAUGAUGAAGAUGAGGAGGAAGAUGAAGAAGAUGAUGAUGCAGAGAAUGAUGAAGAUGGAGAGGAUGAGGAUGAAUCAGAUGUAGAAGACUCUGCUGAAGAAGCUUCAAGCCAUUCCAAACCAACAAGUCAAGAAAUUGUAACAGCAGGACCUGAUGUUAAAGAAGGGAAGAUAACUCAAUUACCUGAUGAAUAUGAAUAUGAUUCUUCAGAUGAAGAGGAUAUACGUAACACUGUUGGUAAUAUACCCAUGGAAUGGUACAGAGAUUAUCCUCAUCUAGGAUAUGAUGUGGAGGGAAAAAAAUUAUUGAAACCUGAAAAAGGAGAUGAACUUGAUGAAUUCUUAGACAAAAUGGAAAAUCCAGAUUAUUGGAGGACAGUGAGUAACAAGUUAACAGGACAGAAAGUUUUACUCAGUAAAGAGGAUGUUAAAAUAAUUCAGAAUAUGCAGAAGUUUAAGAAUCCAGUCGGAUCUGACAUGUAUGAGCCAUGGAUUGAUUUCUUCACCAAUGAGAAAAUGAUACAUCCUGUUUCAAAUCGACCAGAAACGAAAGCUUCUUUUAUUCCAUCUCGUUGGGAAAUGUUGAAGGUAUCUCAAAUGGUACAUGCUUUAAAGAUGGGGUGGAUGAAACCGACACCAAUUAGAAAACCAGAUGAAGAAGACGAGAAUAAUUUUUAUAUGUUGUGGAAAGAUGAUGAAGAGCCAGAAAUUACCAGACAGUAUCGUCAGUAUAUUCCUGCACCUAAAGUCCGACUUCCGGGUCAUGCAGAAUCAUAUAAUCCACCAGAAGAAUAUCUACCUUCAGAAAAAACUGUGGAGAGGUUAAAGAAAGAAAUAGCCAGGGGAAAAACCAGAACAAUUCCACAGAAGUUCUCCUCCCUCCGUCUGGUUCCUGGGUUUAAAAAUUUUAUCAGAGAAAGAUUUGAGAGAUGUCUUGAUUUAUACCUCUGUCCACGACAACGUAAAGUUCGAAUGAAUGUGAAUCCAGAUGAUCUGAUACCAAAAUUACCUAAACCACGAGAUCUUCAGCCCUUCCCAACUACAGAAUAUCUUGUAUUUAAAGGUCAUAAAGGAAUUAUACGUACUAUUUCACCCGAUCCUAAAGGACAGUGGAUUGCUUCAGGCUGUGAUGAUAAAACAGUAAAGAUAUGGGAAGUAGCAACAGGAAGAUGUAUAAAGACGUUUAAUGUAGAAGCUAAAGUUAAAGGAGUUGCCUGGAAUCCCAACCCAUCAUUAUCUAUUAUAGUUGUAGCUGUUGAAACUAGUUUAAUUAUAAUAAAUCCACAGGUUGGAGAUAAACUGAUCUGUUCAAAGACUGAUUUACUUAUAAAUAGUUUUGAAGAUGUUGAGUUACCCCCGGGACCAACUGAUAAACCUAAAGUAACAGAAUGGGAAUUAUACGAAGAUGAGGAAUAUGAAUUGGGAUUCCGUUUAAAAAUAAAACAUCAGCGAGAAAUAUCACAGGUUACGUGGCAUGGAAAGGGAGAUUAUUUUGCUUCCACCAUGCCUAAAGGAGAAAGUAAAUCAGUUUUAAUUCAUCAACUGAUGAAACGUAGAUCACAGAAUCCAUUCUCUAAACCGAAAGGUUUAGUACAGUGUGUACUAUUUCAUCCAAUUAGACCCUUCCUGUUUGUAGCUACUCAAAGAUAUGUUCGUAUUUAUAAUUUAAUGAAACAAAGUUUAUCAAAGAAGUUGUUAAGUAAUUGUCAAUGGAUAUCAAGUAUGGCUGUUCAUCCUGGCGGUGAUAAUGUUAUAAUAGGAAGUUAUGAUUCUAAGUUAGCUUGGUUUGAUUUAGAUCUAUCAACAAAACCUUAUCAUACCCUCAGACAUCACACCAAGGCUCUUAGAUCCGUGACUUAUCACAAACGUUAUCCGUUAUUUGCGUCGGCAUCUGAUGAUCUGUCUGUGAUUGUUUGUCAUGGUAUGGUCUAUAGUGACUUAUUACAGAAUCCUCUUAUAGUUCCUGUUAAAGUUUUACGGGGACAUAAAGCAGCUAAAGGACUGGGUGUUCUAGACUGUCAAUUCCAUCCAUCACAACCAUGGAUCUUUACUGCUGGAGCUGAUGGAACAAUACGCCUUUAUACUUGAAGUGAUUUUCUUUCAAUUGUACGAAGAAAACAAUUUGUUUAAUAUUCAGUGUGGCAUCGAUAAUAUGGAUUUUACCAACUAAAAAUUUUGAAACUUUUCCGAUGAAUAAAAUCAUGAGAUACUUUGUUUGAAGUAUGUGGAGAUUUAUAAGGUAUGAAAAGAUGGCCUAUGGGAAGAAUGAAGCAUAUAUAGACUUAGUCCUUGAUAACCAGUCAUAUUAUACAUCAUUGACCUAAGUAAUCAAGAUAUGAUUGAUAUUUUCUUGGCUUCCCAACAACAGAAGUUAUACAUUUCGUCUAAACAAUAUAUUGUGUUAUGAUUUCUGAUUGUCACUGUAUUUUAAGGAAUGAUAAUUUAUUCCAUAUCUGCAAAUAUUUCAUUAUCUGGUUGUUAAAAGCCUCCUUAAUCUUGUGAACAUUGCCUCAAAAGUAAUCACAUACACCUUUCUAUCGCUUUAUAAAUGUUGAAUUGAAAUUUUGGUCAAUUUACCUGUUAGUACUUGUCUGUUAAUGAGAAAGAAAUAAGAAAAUUGAUUUUGUUGCAUUACCUGUAUAUGUUUUUAUGAAGAGUUUCCGAACUAAGAUAUUUCUAUGCAAACAGUCAGUCAGGAUGCCAUUGCAUGUUUAUAUUAGUGUUGGUGGUGUUACGAAUGGUUUCUGGUAAUCUGCUUCAAGAAGUCCCUUACUUGGUUUCCUAAUUGUCAAUAACUUGUCAUUUAUUUGAUGAUAAAAUACAAAAUACUUCAUAGUUUUCAUAUGACAGUACAGCAAGAAUAAAUAUUGUGAUAUAUCAUAAUAGGUAAUCGACUCGUAUUCUGUCCUAGUUCCAAAUCAGGUGUUCAAUAGCAGUUUGCACAUGUCAGAUUGAUGUAUGAUGUACACAUGUAUGUUUUUGUCAAAUUGUUGUUAUAUACAUGUAUAUAUAUAGAUAAAUCACCAUCCAUCACCUGUAGGCAUUUUAUUUUUAUGUCAGUAAUAUGUAAAAUAUGUAACCUGUAAUACCAUCUGUAAUAUAGAAAGCUCCAGACCAAA